AUGUGCCGUGUCGAGUGUGCCAAGAUCAUAGUUCCGGCAAACAUUAUGGGAUCUUCUCGUGCGAUGGAUGUGCAGGCUUUCUUCAAGCGAUCGAUUAGGCGGCAUCGGCAGUACGUGUGCAAGAACAAGGGUGGAUGUGAAGAAGGCAGAUGUGUAGUUGACAAGACCCACAGAAAUCAGUGCCGGGCUUGUCGAUUGCGAAAAUGUCUCGAGAUAGGCAUGAACAAGGAGGCUGUCCAGCACGAGCGGGGACCGAGGAAUUCGAGUCUGAGACGGCAGAAUCUGCUCCUGGAACAUCCCCGUCUGGCGCUUUCGCCAGACAUCGGUUCAGACUCGGAUGCUUCCCCUCCUUGUUUGGAGAAACUACCGGAAGUCGCCGCUCGAGUGUUCUUUCAGUUGAUCACUUGGACACGCUACCAGCUACCAUUCGCGUGUUUACCCCUUGAGGGACAGGUAAUUUGUGAGACGCCUCAAUUAACCUCACAGCAAUGUGCUCAAACGAUUCCUUGCGAAUGUGUCAAGGAGAAAGCCGAGCUGAGUGCUUUCGAAAAGAUGGAAUCUCUGAGGCUUGACGCUCGCGAGCAUGCAAUGCUCAGGACUUACGCACUAAUGAAAGAUACGCCGUCAGCCUACCAGCUCGGAUUCCAGCUGGCCGCCUAUCAUCAAGUCGUCCACCGGAACGAUCCACUGCGAUUUCUCAAGUGUCUCGAUGUGCUGUCGAUUUCUGGCGACUCGCUUGUCGCCGUGCUAUUCCGCCCGUCGAUCGGGGAAGCGUCCAUGUCCAGAUUGAUCGCUGAUAUUCUGAAUCCGCGAAAACCCGAGCCAGUGGCACUGCCGCUUCCACGAGGUCCACGGACCGAUUUUUGCGUGGAAGGGCUGCUCGGCAGAAGCAUCUCGUCGCCGUCAACGUCCACCCUCGAUACUUCCUCUUUGCGGCCGACUACCGCUGUAGCCAGUCCUGAAAGCGUUAGUGGUACUGAAGAGGUCUAA